AUAUUCUUGCUCUACCCAACAUCUACUUGGAGAUUACUAAUUUGGGUCAAUGACCCCGCAUGGACUGUACCACUUAUCAUCAUCAUCACCAUGGCGGCUCUGGAGACAAUGCGGAACCAGUUGGAGAAAAAACUGAAGGAAUUUCAGGGAGUCCAGAAAGACCUACAGAAGACAGCCUCGACUAGGAGCCAACUGGAUGUACAGCUGAAUGAAAACAGAAUUGUGAAAGAUGAGCUGGAACUACUGGAGACAGACUCUAACGUGUACAAGCUGACAGGUCCAGUACUGGUUAAACAGGACCUGGAGGAGGCCAAGGCCAAUGUCGGCAAGAGAAUAGAAUACAUCGAAGGGGAAAUUAAACGUCAAGAUGCGACCAUUAAGGAUUUUGAAGAGAAGCAGGAGAAGAGCAGAAAGGAGCUGACAACUCUUCAACAGCAGUUCCAGCAGGCCCAGGCUAAGGCUGGCAAGGCAUAACCAUACGUGUUAGGGAUGAUGACUGAUUAACUGUAUAGCCAGCUGUGACCAUUGUAACAAUUUCAAUGUUUGCUCUGUAUGUUUUAUUUAGUUAUGCUAGUGUGUGGGGUUUGUCUGAUGCAUCCUGUGUUACAUAUCUGUGUAUAUAUUAUUAGUUAAUAGAUUAUUUGUCAGGAAUCAGCUCUUUUGUUGUCAUCAUCAGAUGUGUAUCAGUUUGCAUCUUUGGAUGACUAUAAAAACUGUCAUAUUUUGAUGUAUAUGACACAUUUAAUAGAGUACUCCAUCAAUCUUCUAAGCUGUCAAAUUUCUUUUUUUUUUAUUUCUUCAUAUGAAUUUGUCUCAGUAUCAAAGCCAACAACUUGUACUGAAUGCAUUGCAAAGGCCAAUGCAGCUUUGUGCAUGAAGAACUUGCAGUAUUAGCUUUAGUAUCACUGAGAU